ACCUAGGAGCAGGCUGGUAAACAUUCAUUCAACACUCACACAACGCAGUCCCGGACGUGGUCUUAAACUACACCAGGAAACUAAUUCAAAGAAGACUCAUUUUCCCCCGCAACAAGCAGUUUGACAAACAGUGGGGCGAGGAAGUGAAGUCUGUUGGACUGGAGCAAUGACUGCGGACAUUGAGGAGCAGGAAAACGAACUGCUCGCCCUCCAGAGUAUCUUUGAUUCGGAGGAGUUCGUCCGGGAUGAGUCGAAGUCCGCCGGAGAACUCCGAGUGUCUGUCGAGCUGCCUGAGGACUUCACUGUGGCUCUGAAAGAGGAUGAAACGCUGAGGCAGUAUGAAAUAUCAUUCCUUCCACCUCUGCUUCUGAACUUUGAACUCCCUGAGGACUACCCAUCCUCCUCCCCUCCCUCCUUCACCCUCACCUGCAGCUGGCUGACACACACACAGCUCUCUGCCCUGGGUGCUCAGCUCACUGAUCAAUACCAAGCUGCUGGGGGCGCUGUGGUGCUCUUCUCCUGGGUACAAUUUCUUAAAGAAGAGGCCCUCAGGUUCUUGGACAUCCAUACUCUGCUGGAGCUCCCCUCUGAUGAACGCAGCACCCAGAACGACAGCGAGGACUCCUUGAAUUCUUCACUCUCAGAGCCAAAGAACAAUCAACACACUGCAGAGUCAGGACCUACAGAUAACCAAAGUUGUAAUGUCUUAGAUCCAUGUGAACCAGCACUGUCUGCACCAUCGUUGGAAGUUGAGCAUCCAAAAGAGAUUCUUUCUGAUGGCCAAGAUUCUUCAACCUCAGACUUAAGCAGGACAGACUCUCACAGAGUGGUUGCAUUGAUCCAAAACACUUCUAAUGAUUCAAAUCAUAUUGCACAAUCCUCAGAUGGGAUAGAAGCUGAACAGACCCUCCAAACCUCAGUGGCUGACCACCAGAAUGAUCUCUCCUCAGCAGCUGGUAAAGCAAAGGAUCUUCCAUUUGUUCAGCCCAAUCAAAGUGACCGGGAAGGUUUCUUAAAUGAUGUUUCGUCCUCAGACUCACUGGAUAAAAGUGAACAAGGAGCUGCUUCGCUGUCCAUCCUCUCCAGAGAAGAGCAAACACAUUCGGGUCUCUCACUAACUCCAUCACAGGCUCUCCUGUCCCAGCUCCUGAUCUAUAAUGCGGCUCAGAAACAGAAAGAGUUUGCCACCACAGUGUUUGACUGCGGUGUGUGUUUUGUGGUCUGGCUCGGUUCGGACUGUGUGCAGUUGCCCGAGUGUGGCCACAUAUAUUGCAAGACCUGUCUUGCAGAGUUCUGCAAGCUCCAGAUAACAGAGGGGAACGUCAAGGGGGUCACCUGUCCUAUGCCAGACUGCUCUGGAUUCCCUACACCUGCACAGGUGAGGAGUCUGGUCGGGGAGGAGCUGUUCAGCCGCUAUGAUCGUCUCCUGCUACAGUCAACUCUGGACUUCAUGGCUGAUGUGGUGUACUGUCCUCGCCGUUCCUGUGGUUCGGCCGUCAUAGUGGAGAAAGCCAGCACUGCAGCCAUGUGCUUUGUGUGCAGCUUUGCCUUCUGUGUCACCUGCAAGAGGACCUACCAUGGAAAAGAUGCGUGCCGGGCAGAGAAAAGCAUAAGCACUAAAAUGCAGGAGGCACAGCAAGCCAACACAAACCUGCCACAGUCACAAGAGGGGUUGAAGGCUCUGUGGGACGACUAUGCCGGUGGCAGUAAGAAGAGGCAGCACCUCCUGGAGAGCAGAUACGGCCGCAGUGUAAUGCGGGGCAAUUUGGAGGACUGUCUGAGUCAAAACUGGAUGUCUCUUAAUAGCAAGCACUGUCCUCACUGCUUCAUGAAAAUAGAGAAGAACGGAGGAUGUAACGUGAUGACGUGCUCCCGGUGCGGUCAGCAUUUCUGCUGGGCCUGCCUCACCAGACUGGGAACGGGUCAUUCAAGCAAACACUUUGAGAACAGUACCUGCUAUCUCUACCAGUAACCUUAACCUAGUGCUUCAGAUACCUUUUCCACCGGCCACUGGCCACCAGCAGCCAUGGAGGGAGUGGAAAAAACAAAUGUUGCACAUGGUAUGCUGGGUUCAAAUUUGCUUGAUUUUAAGUGUGCUUUUAACGAAUACAUGACAAUGCAUUGCUGAGAAAAGAGGAAAAAUAUACAAACAGGUAAAAAACAACAACAACACACUAAUGUUGUAGAGCAUGUUUCCAAAUUAUUAUCAUGUCAGUUGGAAUCAGUUUUAAUCUUUACAAUGCUGGAAGAAGUAUUCAGAUCUUAAAUCUGUUAAAACUCCCAAUUCCAAAAAUACUUACUGUGCUGAAUGGUAAACUGAUAUAAAUAUAUGGAUAUAAAUAUACAUGGUUGCUCAAAAAAAUUGGAAUACAUUUUUUUUUACCUCUUUCCAUGAAAUGAUUGUGACAAUGUGAUUUAUUCUUGACAGAUAAAGUGUAUAUCUUCUUAAAACUUUAUUAAUUAAUCUCUUAAUAAUAGCCAAAAUGAAAUCAGAAUCAAAAUGAGAACACAGUUAACAGAGGAUUGUGUCUGAAAACAAAAUUAUUCCAACUUUAUGGGCGACCGUGUAUGUGCAUAUAUGUGUACUUUUCUUUACAGUGUUUCUAUUAUAUGUUUUUUAUACUUCUACUCCUCUACAUUUUAGAAGUCAAUAUUGCACUUUUACUCCACAGAAAAAAUCAACUAAUAAAUUAUUAUGUAUUUUACCUUUUAUGGAUUAAGCCUUCCUGUAGUAUAUAGAUUAGUUGAAAUUAGCCCCAACUUUACCAGCUACAGUAUUAGGGAUGCUGACACAUUAAUGCAUCACUAAUUAUAACCCAAUAAUAUAUGCUUUAGUACAGUACUUGAGUAAUGACAAUCUGUACACAAAAACAUUAAGGGCUUUAUGCUAAGUCCUGUAAAAAAGCCAAAAACAUACAAAUACAAAAUUGAACAUUUAACACCUUACUGUCACUGAUUUACACUGAAGCUUUACAGUCAUUCACAAAAUAACAUCACAUGUCAUGUUCUGUCAUGGGCAGUAGAGGGCGGUAGAUAACAAUAGUGUCAAACAAUCAAAUGACUUAAGUGAACCCAGUGGAAACUGUUGUGUGACAUAAAUGUUACCAGCUCUGGUUGUAAAAAAGAAUAAGCUAUGAAAGGAAAGUUAUACCAAACUCACACUUCCUGCACUGUUAUGACUGUCGUACCUAGUGGGUCGGUAACUAUUUUUUGGUUGUUGUUUUUUAAAAUUAAUUUAAUAAUUAUUUAAUAUAUAAAAAAAUAUUAAAAACUUGAAAAAAAUGUCUUAAUUUUUCCGAUCAACAGCCCGAAACCCAAAUCUAUUCUCUUUAUUAUCAUAUCAGACUGAGAAAACAAGCAGAUAUUCACAUUUGAGAGGUUGAGAGGUGAGAGAAACCAGUAAGAUUCUGCCUAAAAAUUACUCUCAUGAUUAAUAGAGUUUAUUUUUCUCUUAACCACUAAUUUAUUUAAAAAGUAUAUGUAGUUGUUUCAUCUACAGUGGUCUAGGGAGCCACCUUUUAAAACCUUUUAACUAUGUACCACAGGUAUUUAACAACGCAUCUAAUGAAUUGUUUCACAAGAAGUGACUACAUAUAUAAAUAACUAAUGUUACGUCGCGAUGAGACAAAAGUGUGUUCUCAAAUUUUAAACAUGUUUUUUUCAAUAGGUCAUAUUGCACAAUUGCAGUUUGCACACUGGUAUGCAUGCUCAUUCAUAAAAAGAAAUCCUUUUUAUGAUUCAUUAUGUUUUCAGGUUGUCCAUCUGUCUGUCCAAUUUUCAUGAAUGCAACAUCUCACGAUAUCCACUUUAACUCAAGGAUUAAUUGAUUAGAUUUUAGUGGUCAAAGGUCACUAUGACCUCACAAAACAUGUUUUUGGACACAACUUAAGAAUUCAUACACCAAUGAUGACACAUUUUCAAACUUAUAGGAUAACAUCAUGAAAUGGUGACAUUUUAUAUGCAAAAGGAUAAAGGUAAAUGUUCUGCAAAGGCACUUUUCUGGCUGUUAUUCAGCAUCAUAAUUCGGGAACAGAAGGGAAGAUUCUGUCCAUCUUUCACAUUCGCUCAGUUACUGAAGUGGUGACGGUAAUCUUGGCUGCCCACUUGACACUGUGUUGAUUAUACAAAUCUUCUGUGCUGCCAGGUCGAAGAUGAAUGUGAAGCAUCCACUUUUUAGAAUUUGUGGCUUCUUUGCAGCAACAUCCAUAUUUGAAGCAUUGUCUACUGUCAUGGCUGCACAUGAUUCUAGACAGACAGGGUGUAAAAUGCAACAUGGCAGCUUGACGGAUAUUGUAUUUCUAGUUUACUUUAAUGUACAGUGUGUUUGACAUUUGAUUUUGCAAUUUUCCUUGUACCGUGUGGUUCAUUCAUGUACUGCAACUUCUCUCUGGGAAUAAAUAAAUAAUCCAUCCAUCCAUCCAUCUAUCCA